UUUCUCAAUACAACACUGGAGGGAUCUAGAAGUGUCACAGUGUAGUCGCCGCCAACUUGCUGGCGUCCUGCUCUUAAUGCAGUCAGAAAUCUGAAGAUUUUAAAAGAUCCAACUGAAAGGCGAGAAAAGCAGUGACUCAAUAUAUUUAUAAAGGAGAAGGACAGUUUGCGAGCCAGUCAGCGAGGGAGAUCAGAGGAGUUAUUUAGGUAGAGCAGAGAGGCAGGGGCAGGCCGCCGGGCGAUCCGAGUGUUUCCUGACUUUGAUGCGAUCCGACUGUACCUGGAGCAUGUCCACAGUGGGCCUGACUGCCCAGGAGAUCUCUUUUCCCAUAGAAAACCCCUUCCUCCGGGGCAGCUACUGUGACAGCAUGGCUGGAUCCAAGCCCUCCUGGAGCUACCGCCAUGAGCCCACGGACAAUUUCUACUUUAGUAUGGACACACACAUAGACCAGAGCCACCGAACCCAGCAUAAAGGGCCACCCCAAAGUCAUGAGAAGUCUAAAUACAGUCCCAACUCUCUGAGACUACUUCCGAAGAAAUCCCGACCCUCCCACCUGUCCCUGUCCGGCAGCGUGGAACCAUCCACCCCGAGUCCCGCCGACGACGACCAGGUGGUCCCCUCCUUCAAGAGGCUUUCCUUCUAUGAGAACAGCCCACCUCCAACGCCGGAUAGAUACUCGAAGCCCCUGCCUCCCAUCCCACCACAGACGGACAUCUCCGCUGAGCAGGCGAUUGAUAGCGAGGUGGAAUUUUUCACAGGUACGGACGAAAGCUGCUGCCUCGUGUCCAACGAUGACCAGUAUUCCAAGUCUCCUUUCCGAUACGGACUCCCGAGCAGACGGAGCUUCAGGGACUGCGGCAAGAUAAACUACGCUUAUUACGACGGUCCUUUAAGGCCUCAGACCCAGCAGCAGCCCCAGCACCACCAGGCACACCCUCAGCAGGAGGCGCAACAACAGCAGCAACACGAACAGCAGCGACAGGAGCCGCCAGAGCACGCGGUCUGUCCGAGACCGCAGGACAAAGCUCAAAGGAAGCUACGGCGUUCUCACUCCGGCCCCGCGGGCUCUUUACACAAACCCUCACUGCUGCGUCUCUGUCACAAACGCUACACCAACGGUACGGAUAAACCCGAGGUGCCGCCCCCGAUCCCUCCCCGCAUGGUCAAGACCGGAGACCUGCGGCGCUGGUCAGCAGAGGUCUCACCCGGGACUUACAGCGACGAGGACAAGCCACCAAAGUUGCCCCCAAGGGACCACUUUGCCAGAAGGAGCUCCCGCACGCCGAGUCCGAAGAGCCUCCCCGCAUACGCCAACGGGGUCAUGCCCCCCACCCAGAGUUUUGCGCCGGACCCCAAGUAUGUCAGCGGUCGAAGUUUUCACAGACAGAACAGCGAGGGUUCUCCGUGCAUCGUUCCCGUCAUCGUGAACGGCAUCAAGGACAGCAGCACGCAUUACUACCUUCUGCCUCAGCGGUCUGGCUGCGCGGAUUCGCCCUGUGACUGCCACGCCAAGAGGAAAGUAGAUUUAGUUUAGCUUGAGAGGUUCUGGUUGAAGUAGUAGGACUGUACACGAGUGAAAACACUUGACAAAAUGGUGAAACUUGACGCUAACAACCGUCAAACUGCUGCUUUUUACAGUUUUUUUUUUUUUUUUUAUACUACCCCCACGUAUUCUUAAUUCACAGGGUAUGUGUGCACUGUAUACAGUUACUGGUAAUGUUGGACAGCUAUCACAACUAAGAUACCCUCAUCGGACUAAAGAUUGUGGACAAAAGUCAGCAUCGUAGAGCUUAUUUUUGAUAUGAUCUUAUUUCAUGACAUUCAUUACUGUACUUUUUUUGUUUUAGUCGUUGGCGUUGAUGAUGUGGUACAGUCAAGAGGUGCAAGCGGGCUUUGCACCUGAUGUGCGCAGUGUUUUUUUGUCUGGAAUGGUGGAGAUGUUUUUUUUUUUUUAUGUAAUGCACAGGGAGGGCGGGGGGGAGGGGGUUCUGUGAUGCUGAUUUUGUAUCGUAAACGGGACAAAAGGUCAGUAAAUGUAUACCAUGUAACACGUAAUAUAUGAAGUAUAAACCCAAGCCCAGUGAACUAUUUUUUAAUUGAAAUGAAGGAUCCUCGCUAGCAGUGUAAUGUUUUUGUCCCAACCUUGACGAGAUGUAGUUCCAGUUCUGCUCGGAGCCGUGUUCUCCCCCACAUGGCGUGUUGUUUCUGGUAGCUAUGCUCGUUCCCAAAGGAAUCUUUGGUGCAGCUCAUAUGGAGAAGUUGUCUGUUGAUGAGAGUGUGUGUGUGUUUUAUGUUUGCGCAUGUGGCACGCGAUCGUUUAGAGGGGGACAUUCUGCGAUGUGUAGAGAAUCGCCGACCCAACUGUUACUGUGUGCCGUUUUCUUUUUAUGCACACCUUCAUUUGCUUUCUGUCUGUGUCUGUCCAGGUCGGAUUUGUUGCACAGUAAUUGUUUCCAUGCAUGCUAUCCUUACUGAAAUUGCCUCAAACCGUUGAAAGGACGAAUAGUUGGUUCUGUUUGCGCGCUGAGUUCUCAGUCAGAAUAGUCAGAAAUACCCACGAUUGGCUGCCGCACAUAGAAAAUACUGUGGGUAACAGCCGUUUAUUAGGACUUAUGAUGGUUGGUGUCGCAUUAAACCACUGGCACACUAACUUCUGUGCUACCUCUUGUUUAUCCAAAUGUUCAGUUUAGUAUUUGAAAUGCAUAAAUUGGAAAGGAAUACAUUGUAGUUGGUUGUAUUCUUCAAAGUAUUCUAACAAAUACACGCUUUUCCCAGCUCAAAUUUGAAUUCUCAGAUCCAACCUCUGAGGUAAGUUGAGCUCAGCGUAAAAAAAAGGAUCACCACAUUUUUUUUCCAUUCAGUAUUUCCUCCAAAUUUUUUUUUUUUACCAAAGAUGGUUUUAAAAUACAAAAAAGAUGAGGUGGCAAGCCCCGGACAUGACUUGGCUUCUAACCGGAUGUCCAUGAAUAGAGGUUUCAAAUCAGGCAAAUCAGAGAUCAGAGAUGUCAGCCCAACCAGUUAAUACAGACGCAUUACAGAGACAGCGCAGGGUUAACCCAUCGGCCUGCCUGACACAGACUUUCCAGUUCUGCACAUGCAUUCCUUCGCCUUACGUGAUUGCAGUGGGUGUGUCCUGAAAGACUUUGGCUGCUGGCAGCCAGGAAGAAACGUAUGAGUUUUAUUGUUGUAGAUUAUUCACCAAGCACCCGGAUGUUGUGAAAAUCUAAGCACAUGUAUUGAACUAACCCCGCCGGUAUCAAACGUGGUGUUCAGUUUUUAGGGAAACAGCCCCUGAGGUCAGUCAGUCAUUGAAGUCUACUCCUUCCUUCCUUCCUUCUUUCCUUCCUUCCAUCCUUCCUUCCAUCCUCGUUUUCCUCACAGGCUUUGCCAUCUACAAUGUUGCUUUUUUGACCUAAAUAUUUGAAAUGUUUACAUCACACACUAUUUAAUCUUAAGGUAUUCAUAUGUCUUAUGAGAAAUAAUGAAACUAAAUGAAGACUAGUAUAUCAAGAAAUAACUUCUCUGCUGUGGUUGAAACAAAAAUGCACUGGGAGAGUUCAGCAUGCUUUGUACAGUAUUUAACAAUUCCAUUUGUUAUUAUGAGUAGCUGAGUCUUUGAAAAGAAAGCCACAAUAAAAUGACUUAUUUAUGAGCUU